UUGUUCUGCACAGUGGGGGCCUUGGAUGGUGGGCUGCAGGGCCCGGUCAGCUGGCACAGUGGGCGAGUCCUGUGUGGGGACUUCCUGGCCACCAGCUGGGUGCUGUGGCAGGUGACAUGAGCGCCCUGCCCACAGCCUUUGGGAAGAAGUAUGGACACGCUUCAGUGUGGGUAAACCUGGGACACACGAUGCUCAGAGAAAGAAGCCAGACCCAGAAGGCCAUGCAUGGUAUGAUUCUGUUCACAGGAAACGUCCAGAAAAGAACUUCUUGGAACAGCAGCCACAGCAGCGAUGGUCCUGCCCUGGGUGCCCGCUGUGGCCUUCACGCUGGCGCCCAGCCUGGGGGGCUUCCUGAGCUCCCGCUAUGCCCUAGGAGAGGGCCUCCGCUGGUAUGCCAGCCUGCAGAAGCCCUGGUGGCACCCGCCCCACUGGACGCUGGGCCCCAUCUGGGGCACGCUGUACUCGGCCAUGGGGUACGGCUCCUACAUGAUCUGGAAAGAGCUGGGGGGCUUCUCAGAGGAGGCCCUGGUUCCCCUGGGCCUCUACAUUGGGCAGCUGGCUCUGAACUGGGCAUGGCCGCCUAUCUUCUUUGGCGCCCGACAAAUGGGUUGGGCCCUGGUGGACCUCCUGCUGACGGGGGGCAUGGCAGCAGCCACGGCCGUGGCCUGGCAGGACGUGAGCCCGCCGGCUGCCCGCCUGCUCUACCCCUACCUGGUCUGGCUGGCUUUUGCGGCCACGCUCAACUACCGCGUGUGGCGGGACAACCAGGGCCAGCGCAGUAGCCGACGGCUCGCGGAAUGAAGGUGUCCUGCCCUCUGAGGACUGCGGCCACCGCCAGUCAGGCAUUGUCAGUGGUGGUGGCCCUCAUGCUUUCAUGGCCACCAGGUCGGCUGGUCUGUCUGGGUCUCAGCCCAGGGGAACACCUGUGGCUGCAGCAGGGGUCCAGGCUGAGCCCAGCCGGGGAACGGCGUCCUCUGCUUUCUGCACUGCUCCGAGCUCACUCUCGAACCUGGGAUCUUAUAAGCCAAAUAAAGUUUCUCACCUCUUG